GAAGAAGAAAAGCGUCACAGUUCAAAACAAUACUCCAAAGUUCCUCUUGUCUGCCGCCGUGUCCUCAUGAAGAUGUCUCAAAAUACUCCCGACAAAGACGACCAAACGUUGGCCAACAAGAAAACCAUCUCCCUCCCGAUCUCCAGGGUGAGGUUGAUAAUGAAGAGUUCCCCGGAUGUGUCCAGCAUUAACCAGGACGCUCUGUUUCUCACCACCAAGGCUACAGAGCUGUUUGUGCAGCAUCUUGCUGUGUCUUCAUUCAACAACGGCGCCGGGAAAGACUCUAACUCUCUGUCAUACAGCGACCUGGCUCAAACUGCAGAGGACACCGAGACGUUUCACUUCCUUACAGAUAUCCUGCCUAAGAAGAUCUUGGCUCGAGAUUACCUCAAGUCUUUGGAGGACAUGCAAGACGAGGAGGCCGACUUUUGAAGAAGGAAGCUGGCUGCAUUCCACUUCGUGACAGAUGUUAUCAGAUUUAAAAAUGGCAUUUAUUGAGAGAAACAUGACUGCUGGCAGAGGAGAAACCCUAGACUUCGUAGAUUCUUCUGAACAGAUCGCCAGAGUUUAGCUGUAGGGUCCACUGGAGAAGUAAGAAACAGAAGAGAAAAAAACAAGUAGCACACAUUUGAAAAGCAGCAACACAGAGUCUAUGUGGAUCUUAAAAGUACCAAAUCUUUGAGAUAACUUUUUUUUUUUUUUUACCAGAAACAAUAUCAUAAACAAACCAGCCUUGGAUUAAUCAUAAUGUAACCACCCUGUCUUUCCUAGUUUUUAAUGAAUCACCUUCCAGAAGACAACACUUCUCUGUUUGUUACAAGAAAUGCUGCACUCUACUAUUACAUCUGAAUAUUUGAUGAUUUCAGAACAAUUGUGCGUUCAGCCUGUACUCCUUUACCUUUUCUUUUUAAUUUCAUGCUUACAACAAUCAGGAAGUGUAAAUAGUUUGCCUUAACAGCUUGCAGAUUUUUAGGCUAAGUCAAAUUAACACUAUUUCCAUCCUUUCCACUCAGCUGCUGAUGCGCUCUGGCCUUUAAAAUAUUAUGAGAAACCUUUACAAGUAACUUCAUAGUGAAAUGUGUGACGUUACUGAUUCUAAGUUGUACAUCGUUUUUCUUCUUAAAGAUAUUGUCAUGUUUGAGUUUUUACGGGUUUACUUGAAAUGAGUUUAAUCCACUCUAAAGUACAAAUACCUCGUUUUUUUUUCCCUCCAGAUUAAGUACAAGGCGACUGAACGUGCUGUCUUUCCAAAUGAGAACUCACACUGAGUCCCAACGGAUGUGACUAUUUAAAGUGUAUAUAAUAGCUGACCACCUUAUUUAGAAUCUUCUUCAUAUGUACAAAUAAAAUUGUUUACGUUUGAUAUUAAAAAAAAGAUUCAUGAUGUCUGAAGUCA